UUGCAUCCUCUUCUUCUUCUUCUUCCUCCAAUAGAAAACCUCUUUGGCAAUCAUUACUUUAACCACCAUUAGUGUAUUCACUUUGAUCUCUCUCUCUCUCUCUUUUUCGCUGUCUCUUCCAGAAAUGUAAAAUCCUCAUAUCUGGGUGUAGUUUCAUCAUCACUCUUCUUCUUAAUUACCCUUAAUUUAUUACUUUACACGAUACCCAAUUCUCUCUCUCUUAAAAAUAUACACAUGCUGAAAAACACAGCUACUAGUCAGCUUUCUGGCUCUAGAAUUUCGUGCUUUUAUCUCUAUAUAUAAAAAAACCAACCUUCCCCGUUGCGUUCUCGAGUUACCUAUAUUCUCUCUUUCUCUCUCUCUAUAUCAUCAUCAUGCGACUGUGCGUCUUUUCAGGAAGAAAAUAUCUGUAAACUAUUUUCUCUCUCUCUCUCUUUCUCUGUCUGUAGUAGAUAUAUCUUUACUGAGAAAAGUAAACGGUGUGUAUUUUGUAAGGGAGAAAUGUUGGAUCUGAAUGUAUCUGCAGUUUCUGUGAACUCAAAUUGCGAUGAGACUGACCCCAACAACAACAACACCCUUUUCUUUAAAGAUGAAUAUUCUGCUGGAACAUCCAACACCACUGCUUCCUCCUCCGUCGUCAACGCCCCCGUCGCCGGAGACGAAGAUUCCAACAGCUCCUCCGUCCAUCACGGUUCUAAACGGGCCCACCAUACUCUCAAUUUCUCCAUACUGAAGAGCGAUCGCGCCAUUGAGAUUGAAGAUGAUAUGAGCACUGAUGACGUGCUGACGAGGCAGCUUUUUCCGGUGAAAAAUGAAUCGCAGGUGCAGGGGCAGGGGACGAGGAUUCAGGGUCAAUCUCAGUGCUGGCUGAACUUGUCUGUGCCGGAAUCCGGCGGCGGAGCAGAAAUAGGAAUUUACAAACCGCCGGCGCAACAGCCGGUGAAGAAAAGCCGACGUGGGCCCAGGUCCCGUAGCUCACAAUAUCGUGGAGUCACAUUUUACCGGCGAACUGGAAGAUGGGAAUCGCAUAUCUGGGAUUGUGGGAAACAAGUAUAUUUGGGAGGAUUUGAUACUGCUCAUGCUGCAGCUAGGGCAUAUGAUCGAGCUGCAAUUAAGUUCCGGGGAGUUGAUGCUGAUAUCAACUUCAAUAUAACUGAUUAUGAAGAAGAUAUGGAACAGAUGAAAAAUUUGUCAAAAGAAGAAUUUGUUCAAGUCCUUCGUCGUCAAAGCACUGGAUUCUCUAGGGGAAAUUCAAAAUACAGAGGGGUAACCUUGCAAAAAUGUGGUCGCUGGGAUGCUCGCAUGGGUCAAUUCCUUGGAAAAAAGGCUUAUGACAAGGCAGCCAUCAAAUGUAAUGGAAGGGAAGCGCUUACCAACUUUGAGCCUAAUACAUAUGAACGGGAUAUAAAGGAGGAUAAUAAAGAUGGCGGUAGUGGUCAGAAUCUUGAUCUGAACCUCUGGAUAUCUCCACCUUUGGCUGGUCCAAAGCGCGAUGAAAUUGGUAGAAACGUACCCUUCAAUUUUGGAGCUCGUGAAAUGGUUAUUGGAAGAAGAUUAGAGAUAGAGAACUCCUCUACUGCUCCACAAGGUGCACCAACAGCUUCUAAGCUGUCCUUAUUGACUGGCGUGUAUCCUGGUUUUUCUCCGCACAAUAUGGAAGGAGCAAUGGCGAAGGUUGAAGCAACUUCCUCUCCAGGAUUCCCAAAUUGGGCUUGGAAAAUACAUAGCCAGGGUUUAGUCACUCCAGUGCCCGUGUUUUCUUCUUCUGCAGCAUCAUCAGGAUUCUCAACCGCUACCACUCAGUAUCCGAAUACCCUCCUACUGCCAAGCAACCAACUACGACUCCCCACAAACUCGACUUUCCAACACCCUCCCGUCACCCUUAACAUCAGUUAAGAGGGACUUUAACAACAACAACAACCUAAAGAAGUGGAAUACAUCCUCAUUCAAUUGGCUACAGGUAUAAAGUCUGUCAAUGAAGUGUGAAAUUCUUGGAAUUCUGUUUCCAUUGUGUGCAUCAUACCUAUAGCAGCACCAAGUGUAGAUUGUAUAGCACAUGAUGAUGUAUAGGAUGGUAUAAUAAACUUGAAAGACUUACUUCAAAUAUAGCUAUUAAACUUGACCAUUCUCUCUUAACCAGACAGUAUUAUGCUUGUGAUAGCAAGAUUCUAAACGGACUUGUGCUGUUAGAAUUUUGCCUUCAUCUGAUCAGAUUUUUAGUUUGGAAUUUUUGUGGUCUGCUUCUUUAUAGCUAAACUGAAACUUUUCCAUGAAAAUUGGAUAUAACUGCUCUA